UACCGGAGUAAGGCGACACCGCCAUCUCCUUUCAUUUUGCUUCGUCUUCGAAUUCUCACCGGAGUGGCACAGAAAGCUUUAAACAAAGAGAAAGGCCAUGAAUGCUUUCGGUUCGACCAGAUCUUCGAUCAAUCGAUGGAACUCGAAGAAACCCAAUUUACAGCUCCCGCGUAUUUCUUUGUCUGUAUGUGCUCUUCUCUUCUGUUUCCUCUUUCUUCUCUACCUGUCCUCCUCCUUCUCCUCCUCUUCCUUCAUGUCCUCGACUGCAUUUUCGACUUCAAAUUCGCGCCAAUGCAAUACCCAAAUCUUGGCUUUGGGUGAGAAAUUUCUUUUUUACGCGCCUCACAGCGGGUUUAGCAACCAGCUUUCUGAGUUCAAGAAUGCUAUUUUGAUGGCCGGGAUUCUCAACCGGACUCUUGUUGUUCCGCCGAUUUUGGAUCACCAUGCGGUUGCUCUUGGGAGUUGUCCCAAAUUUAGAGUUCCGGAUCCUGGUGAGAUUCGAUUCUCGGUUUGGGAGCAUAUGCUUCAGCUUCUUCGAAAUGGAAGGUACGUUUCGAUGGCGGAUAUUGUAGAUAUUUCAUCAUUAACUUCUUACUCUUCUGUUAAAGCCAUAGAUUUUAGGACCUUUGCAUAUUUAUGGUGUGGAGUGCGUCUGGAAAGUGUUUGUGCAAAUGAAUACAACAACCUAAAGCAAUGUGGUCGUCUACUAGCAGGGCUUGAUGGGAAUGUAGACAAAUGUUUACAUGCUGUAGAUGAAGAUUGCAAAACUACAGUUUGGACUUACCAAAAUAAUGAAGUUGAUGGAGCAUUGGACCUGUUUCAGCCUAAUGAACAGCUUAAGAAGAAAAAGAAGGUGUCAUAUGUCAGACGCCGUCGAGAUGUAUAUAGAACACUUGGACGUGAUUCGAAAGCUGGAUCAGCUACCGUUUUGGCAUUUGGAAGUCUUUUUACUGCUCCAUACAGAGGUUCAGAGUUGUAUAUUGAUAUCCAUGGAGUUAGUAAAGAUCAAAGAAUUAGUUCUCUGAUGAAGAACAUUGAGUAUCUUCCAUUUGUCCCAGAAAUCUUGAGUGCAGGAAAAGAGUAUAUUGACAAGAUCAUAAAAGCUCCAUUCCUUUGUGCUCAACUGAGAUUGUUAGAUGGGCAGUUUAAAAAUCACUGGAAGGCUACUUUUUUGGCCCUCCAACAGAAAUUAGACUCUAUAUUAGAGAAUGCUAAUGAACCUAUUCAUGUUUUUGUGAUGACUGAUCUUCCUAAAUCUAAUUGGACUGGAAGCUACUUAGGGGAUUUGGAUAGUGAUUCAAAUCACUUCAAACUCUUUUUCCUCGAAGAAAGCGACGAAUUGGUCCUACGAGCAUCCAAAAAGGUGAUGGCUGUAGGACAUGGCUUGAGAUGGACAUCCAAUGCUUUUGGUCCUGGAAGUAUUCGUGAUAUGAAGAAAAAAUGUGCUUCUGAGAAAUUACCGGAUGUUCUCUUAUAUAUAGAGGAAACUGUUUGUAGUUGUGCUUCACUUGGUUUUGUCGGUACUGCUGGAUCCACAAUUGCAGAAAGCAUAGAGCUGAUGAGAAAAUAUGGAGUAUGUUGAAACCAAACUUGAACCAAAUCUUGACAUUUGCCUUCAAACUCAAAAUUCUUUACCAUCUCCACUGAAGUUAUUCUCUGAGGAUGGAGUCAGUGCCGAUGUACUUUGAUUGAAUUACAUGACCAUCUGAUACUGCUUUUCCUGAAAUUCUCUCGUCUAUUCUUGUGAGCGAUGGUGAUUUGCCGCAUCAUGGAAUCAUGCUUCAAAUUUAGCAUCAACUAAUAUGGUGGAUUGUACCAAAAUGGGUCAUCGUAUCAGUUUUCAAGGUUGCAUUUGGAUGUAAGUAUACAUACAGUUUCAUAUUUACCAUGAAUAGGAAUGCAUAUUUACUUAGUUCUUUGCACAAUGGUGCAGCAACCGAUAGUUUAGGAGAUUGAUAUAGUUCAUUGAAGCUCAUGUGAGCUUAAGUCAACGAUAGUUGACACGAUCUUCCUUCCUUCGUAGAAGUGGAAGGUUUGAUCCCUGACCUUGUAACCGUGCUAAAAAAAAUAUAGUUCCUUAAAGGAAAUCCCCACGGUUGUUUUCUUAGAAAGAUUGAAUUUCUGUACUUAUGGUUUUAGAAAUAGAAAAUACAUGGAAUCCAUGGUGGACUUCUCCUCA